CGCAUUCUCUCGCUAGAGAUUGAAAACGAAGCACGCAUCCAAAAUUUUAUGCUGAAAAAUUAUUUUGAAGCUAGCGAAAAAAUCAAAUUGUCUUUGAAGCAUCUUUGAUUAGUCGUAUUCGUAUACCUUUUGAACCUAUCGAUAAAGGAUGUUUCGCGUUGCGCGUCGGCUGGUCCCGCAGGCCAUCCGCCACAUCCGCACCCUGAGACCACAUCCCCUGGACUUCUCGCGCCGCUACGCCUCGCAGGCCAUCAACCAGAUGCUGCAGCUCCAGCAGAUGGAGAUGUGCGCCGAUCCGCCUUCGCGCGGACUUGUGAUCGGCGUCUUCGCCGACGAAAAGGAUCGCAACGAUGCCGGCAUCCUGACCCCGGCUGGCUGGCGUUACAAUGUGCAGAAGACCAACGGCCGAUUGCUGGAGGUCCUGCGGAUGUCCGGGCCAAUGCCCAAGCAGGGCGAGGCUCGCCUUUUCUUCGCCAUCGAGCCGGAGCGGAUCCCCUAUUAUUCCGUGGUGGCUGUGGUCGGCCUGGGCAAGGAGUGCCUCGGCUACAACCCCUAUGAGGUGCUGGACGAGCAAAAGGAGGCGAUCCGCAAAUCCGUUGCAGCCGCCUGCCGUAUUUUGGCUGAACUGGACACUGACAGAAUCGAAGUGGAGAACUGCGGCCACGCCGAAUCCGCUGCCGAGGGAGCAGCACUGGGCAUCUGGCUCUACCAGGAGCUGCGCGACCCACAGCACAGGAUUCCAGUUCCCUCGCUAGAUUUGUACGCAGUAAAGGACGAAAUCUGCGACAUCGAAGGAUGGCGCAUUGGCCUGCAGAAGGCUGCAGCCCAAAACCUGACGAGACAGCUGCAGGAGAUGCCCUCCAAUCUCCUCACGCCCACUGCCUUCGCGCAAAAUGUCGUAGAGGUCCUGUGCAAGUCUGGAGUCAACGUGGAGGUGAAGGUCGAGGGCUGGGCGGAGAGCCAGUCAAUGCACGCCUUCCUGGCAGUGGCGAAAGCCUCGUGCGAGCCCCCGAUCUUUUUGGAGCUCAGCUACUACGGCACCUGUGCCGAGGAGCGUCCCAUUGUGCUGGUCGGCCAGGGCGUGACCUACGAUGCAGGAGGACUGUGCCUCAAAAAGAAACAUGAGCUAUUUCACAUGCGUGGCGACAUGACGGGAGCUGCCGUUGUGGUGGCCACUUGCCGCGCUGUCGCUGGUCUUCGCUUACCGGUGAACAUUCGCGGCCUGAUCCCUCUUUGUGAGAACGUUGUUGGCUGCAAUUCGGUUCGUCCUGGGGACAUGGUCAAGUCCAUGAACGGCAAGACCAUGGAGAUCCAGUGCACAGACCACGAGGAUGUCCUUGUCCUGGCGGAUGCCCUUCUCUAUGGCCAGAAUUUCUGUCCCAAGUGCAUCAUUGACGUCGGCACCUGUUCCGGCUACAUGCGUCAGGCUCUGGACGAGUCGGCUGCUGGCAUCUUCACCAACUCGGAGAUCCUCUGGCAGCAGAUCAAGCACGCCAGCAUGCACACCGGGGAUCGCGUGUGGCGCUUCCCGUUGUGGAAGUUUUACAGCAAGGCCGUGCGAUCCGGGGGACGCAGCGAUGUCCAGAACUACGGCAUUGGCCGCGGUGGACGUCCCUGCAAGGCCGCUGCCUUUCUGCGCGAGUUUGUGCCCUGUGGCCAGUGGAUGCACAUUGAUGCCACAAAUGUGAUGCUGACGAAGGGCACCGAAUACGAGUAUCUGCGCAAGGGAAUGGCCGGACGUCCGACGCGCACACUGGUGGAGUUUAUCGCUCAGACGAUUUGCAAGGAUACGGCCCCACGUUUGGCCAAGUAAUCAAUCUCUGAAGAGAAUCUCGAGAAUGUUAUAUAUUUUGUUACUUUUUCAUUUAACGAUGCUACACACACCACCCACACACACACACUCACAGACACACAUCUGACACUUGAGCAAUGACCACCCUAUAUGACAUACAUAUGUUUUACAGUUGCAUUUCGAUGCGGGGGACAUUCGUUUAUUAAGAAAUUAUAACGUAUAAAAAAAACAA